UUUAGCAUCGAGAACGGUCUCUUUAAACGAAAACCACGUGAUCAUGAACACGUUUGUUACCGGAAGAUGAUCCUCAGCCAGUAAUGGCUGCAAUAACAUUAUUUGAAUGGCAAAUUUGAAUUACUUAUUUUUAAUUCGGUGUAGUUCUGGUAGCUUCCUUACUUGCAGACUAUUGUAAUUAUCAAAAUAAGUCAAAGGACUAGCCAAAUACUCUGAAUACGUUGCGGGGCUAAUAUGGUGUAGUAAUUUGCCAGUUCAUUUGCAGUACACGGCAUAAAAAUGACGGAUGCCGCAGAGCUCGUUUCUGAAAAGCUGGACAUUGCCACUCUAAGGACAGAGCAAGCCGAAGAUGAGAAGACUAAGGAAAUCUGUAAACAUUAUUCGUCCGUUAGAAGAAUCAAGGGAGAUGGCAACUGUUUUUACCGAGCGGUAAUAUUUGGACAUCUGGAGGUAUUGCUGCAAGAUGAGCGGGGUAUGCAAAUCUUCAAAGAUGAAUUGAUUCAGACUGGUAAAGAGCUCUUGCUUGCAGGCUUUUCUGAGAGCUCGUUUGAAGAUAUACUUAACACAUUUGUCCGUGUUUUGGUGUGCACUGAAGCAGAUAACCAGGACUCAACCCUGUUAAAAGUCUUCAAUGACCAGUCUACUUCAGACAGCAUGGUACAGUACCUUAGGCUGCUCACCUCAGCCUACCUACAGAACCACUCUGACUUCUUCCAGCACUUUGUUGAAGCACCCAACCUGAAGUCAUACUGCACCCAGGAAGUGGAAACGAUGGCGAUGGAGUGCGAUCAUGUGGAGAUCAUUGCCCUGUCUGAGGCCCUAGGGCUAAGUUUUCACAUUGUGUCCAUGGAAGCAGGUGAUGGACAUCUUACCCACCACACCAUUCCAGAGGGAGCCAUCCCCUCUCUGCAUCUCCUAUACAAGACUGCUCACUAUGACAUACUCUACCCACGUGCACAUCUUGAAGAAUCUUAAGACUAGUUUUUCCAUCUCAGGUUGGGUUACAUUUAAACAAAAGUAAAACUGUGCCUUACUGAGUGAACAAUAACACACUGGCCAAACGCCACAGAAUUAAAAUGUAAAGUUCAUGGGUGGCAUAGGAAGAAGAGUAUUCAGGGGCUUAUAGCAUUUUCUGUCUUUUUUAAAAUAUAUUUUUAAUGUGUAUUGCUUCCGUGCCACAUGUAAAAUGCACACUGUGAAUUCAUUUUUCCAUGUCAUAUUUGAUAAACAUUUCAAAUGUAUUUUUUUUUAAACUGAGAUGUAAUUAUAUACAAGUGUAUAUUAAACCUCAAUUAAUUCCUUUCCAUUUGCGCUGUUGUUACCUCAAGUGAAAAUAAACAGUUCAGAGCA